AUGGGCGUGUCAAGCUCGAUCCAACCGUCGUGGCCAUCGUGGCAAUGGCCGAAAGUCUUCGAUACGUCUCCAUGUUUGACCCCCGGGAUGCUCCGGAUCCUUCGAGGGGUCAUGGCCGUCAUCUUCGUGGUUCACUGCACGUGGCACGUCGUGGAGUACGCCUUCCUCAGAGGAGAAGGCUUCUACUACUUGCUCUUCCUCACGAACUGGGCUUUGAUUUUUGAAACGGGGAACAUGGUCCUGCUCUUCCUCCUGUCCUUGAUGGCUAUGGAGGCACCCGAGCCAACCCAUCAAUGGGACUAUGAGAAGGAGACCGAACCGACGCUGGCACGGGUUGCCAUGAUCUUCUUUUCCGUCUCCCAGCCGCUGUCUUUAGGUGUAGGCAUCCUUUACUGGACUCUCCUGCGGCCGAUUUGGGACGUUCUGGCAGGAGAGUUGGAGUGGCCCGCCUAUUUGGCUUUCUUCGCGCACGGUAUCGACACCAUCCUUAUGCUCAUCACGUUCUUUGCCUGUCGCGUCCCGUUCACGUGCUCCCAUGCCGGCUGGGUC